CGGAAUUCGCCCUUCUCCUGUCAAAGGAGGCUGCUUCUUUUUUACAAUCCGCCCAAUUCUCUCUCAAGUCUCAUUACCAUACUCCAGGGCGACCAAAUUGUAUUAAGAUGCGUCUUACGGAGCGGGUUUGGGUAGCCCUCGCCGAGGUGCUCACUUGGCUCACUCCCACCAACUUCGAUCCCUUCAAUGAAUUUGGGGGUGUCCAGAGGCCCCUUCUUGACUCUCUCGAAUGGCCUGUCGGCCCCAGUGUCCUAGAAACUGGAGCUACCACGUCCACAAAGCCCCAUAUAGGCGAUGGAAACCCUGGCGACCCAAUCUUCAAGCCCCCUACAGGCCGCCCUGAAGACACAAAAUUUCGAUGCGACUAUAGAGCCAUGAAGGGAUGGCGUCCCUGCUCUACACCUUCCAAUCGCGAGUGUUGGCUUCGGCACCCGGACGGACGGGAGUUCAAUAUCAUGACCGACUAUGAGAAUCUAGCACCCAUUGGGGUACAAAGGAACUACACAUUGGUUGUCAAUGAUGGCUGGAUCAACGCGGAUGGCCGGAACUUCACGGAGGCUAAGAUCUUCAACAACACAUACCCCGGGCCGUGGAUCCAAGCAUGCUGGGGGGACACGGUCAACGUCAAGGUUAUCAAUAAGAUGGCGCACAACGGGACCUCGAUCCACUGGCACGGCAUCAGACAGAACCGGACAGCACAUGCAGAUGGUGUCAAUGGUGUAACACAGUGCCCAAUUGCCCCUGGUGAUUCAUAUACCUACAGUUUCAAAGCGGUCCAGUACGGCAGUUCCUGGUAUCACUCCCACUACUCGGUGCAGUACGCCGAUGGACUUCAGGGUCCUCUGACAAUCCAUGGACCCGACACGGCCGACUUCGAUGAGCCAAAGCAACCAAUCCUCAUGACGGACUGGGGCCAUGACAGUGCUUUUGAAUCAAUCUACACUCAGAAUCCAAAUCUGAGGAAUCCUAGCAUCCUCUUGAAUGGCCAUGGAAACGUGACCAGAUUCAGCGCAGCAAACCCUCCCCCUGAUUCACCUAUCCCGGAGGAGUUCGUAUUGAAGUUCGAAAAGCGGCAGAUACCCAGCAAUGGGCGAGCCAAAAGGUACAUGUUGCGGUUGAUCAACACUUCAUUUAGGACGACCUUCAUUUUCAGCAUUGACAACCACGUUCUGCAAGUCAUCGACUCGGACUUCGUUCCGAUCGAGCCGUACUUUACGACGUCCGUCCUCAUCGGCAUCGGGCAGCGGUAUCGAGUCAUCGUUGAAGCCAGGCCGGAUGCUGACGAUGGCGGUGCCAAUCCAGUGCCUCAAGAUGGCAAUUUCUGGAUUAGGACUUGGGGAGCCGACCAGUGUAGCCAGGCCAACGUAGCACAGGAAGGAUAUGAGCGUACAGGCAUUGUUCGGUACAACCCUGCAAGCACCUCUGACCCGACCUCCCUACCGUGGCCCAACAUCCCCAAGAAUUGCUCUGACGAGCCCUACACGUCUCUGAAGCCGAAGAUCCCUUGGUAUGUCGGACCUGCGGCCAACACCGAGGAUGGGGAGCAGUUCACUAUCGAGACCAACUUCACCGGCCUUCAGCCGGGCGCUAAGCCAUUCCCUCUUGCACAAUUCGCCCUCGACCCAGAGACUUCUUCUACUUUCACACCGUUACAAAUCAACUACAGCCACCCUAUCAUCCAGGAACUGGACAACUUCAGCGGAAACUGGCCCCGGCAGUGGGUCGUCAUCCCCGAGAACUUCAACAGCUCCAGCUGGGUAUACCUCGUGCUCACCGGCAACAGACUCGCCGGGACCACAAUUGGCGCUCAUCCUAUACACCUUCAUGGGCAUGAUUUCGCGAUCCUCCAACAAUCUAACCAAACAUACUCGCCAGACAGGCUCAAUCUGACCCUGAACAAUCCUCCUCGUCGAGACGUUGUGCUGCUGCCGUCAAACGGCUUCGUCGUCAUCGCCUUCAAGUCAGACAACCCUGGAACCUGGUUGAUGCACUGCCACAUUGCCUUCCACGCAAGUGAGGGACUUGCGCUACAGAUCCUUGAGCGACAGGCUGAGGCAAACACGCUCUUCAAUACACCCGGAUCGCCCAUCACUGCAGAGACAGAGCGUGUCUGUGCAAACUGGGACAAGUGGUUUGGCGACUGUAACAACUGGUGGUCUGGUUGUGACAGUGAACAUGUCUUCCAAGAUGACAGCGGUAUCUAGGGCGGCGGUCACAGCCCUAUGCAGACCGAGAUACCUGCAGGCUACUGAGGGAUAGUAGCAACUACGAACAUUUAUUGAAACGCAACGGACUCCAUAUGCUCAUCCAUCAUGCAACCAAGUAGCAUUAUAAACCGCGAUGGGCUUCUGGUCGGUGUAAGUGCGUACUAGGUAAUACACAGCGAGAAGUGUUAUGCUCUUUGCUGUUUGGCAGAAUUCAGUAACGGCGGUCUGAUGGUCGGAGUCGCUUUAAUUGGUCGAAGAGAAGAUCGAGUCAUUCAUUUCUUUGGCAUCAAUUUGGAUCUCUAGGAGCAUUAUGUACCUAGGUAGUGAGCAUAUCAACCUUUUCUCUCCAGC